AUGGCGGCUGGCAUUGGUCGGCUGCAGACCAUGGGUGUAUAUAAGAGUACGAAAGAGGCUUUGGAUCGUGGUGUGAAGCUGAAGAAAGUGGUGAAAGAGCAGAAAACUGCUUCGAAAAGCAGCAAAUGGAGAGCGCCUGACCUUCCGCUUUCCACUCCUCUUGGUGUUGGAGGCCUCACCCUGGGUUCGCUCAUGAAGCAGGAGAAGCUUGAGUAUCCCGACGCCGUCGCGGUAUAUUUAGCAUUUCAAGACACUCAGAAGUCGUCUUCCCCAUCCACGAAGAAGCCCUCCAAGAAGACCCCGACAGAGACCGAGGACACCCACACGGCAUGCAAUUCGGCCCCUUCCGGAACAGCCAAGAAGAAAUCCUCAAAGCAGGCCCCCACGGAGACCAAGGACACCCAGUCGGCAUGCAAUUCGGUCCCUUCCAGAACAGCCAACAAGAAAUCCCCAAAGCAGGCCCUGGAGAAGACCGAGACCGAGGCAACCCCGAAGAGAUCCCGCAAUCAAGUGACCCCCAGGUCCAGGCCAAGCAAAGCAGCUUUGAGGCGAGGUGUCGCAUCAUCCAACCUCGGAUUGGAGGACCCGGCCGAGGAUACUGUGGUGCAGCCGGCCAAGCGUAUCAAAGGCAAAAGGUCUCCCGAGGCAGCCCCGAACCCCGAAGACUGCACCCCUCCGGAUGAAGACGAGGAUGCAAUUUGUAUGCCAUGGGAUGAGAUUGAACAGGAGUACAACCUGUGGAGGGAUGGGCUUCCUCAGCUCAGUGAGCUGGAUAAAUAUUUGAAGGCCCACAGGGAGCUCUCGACCCAGCAGUCGCAGCCUGUUGCUGCGCCCGCUAUGCUGGCACUGCCUGCUCCUGCUGCAGACCAGUCUGGCAGUACCUUUGUGGAUGGUCAAGACAGGUUGCGGACAGCGCAGCCGCUCAGCCACAAGGAUCGCCAGGAUUCGCAGACGAAUCUGAGUGAUCUGGGGCCUUCCGCGAGCCAGGUUGCUGCUAGCUUGGACAUGUUGUCACUUAUGGAAAAAGUGAAGCAGUUGGAGCUUGAAAAGGCAGAGCUCCAGUCCCAGCUGAGCAGCGACUCCACAACCAAGCCCGAAGCCCCUUCUGAUGCUGAACCCGCCGAUGCCAAAGCUUCCGAACCCGCCGAUUCAAAGCCUCUGGCUACUCCUGUGAGGAACAUGAAGGAACAUGUGUUUCACGAGUCGCCACCUCCGGCGGUGAGUCCAGCUAGUGUACUUCCGGCCUCCAUGCUGGCAAAGAUCAGGACCCAGUCGGAGCCAGUUCCGAAGCCGGCCCUGUCGCCUGCCGCAGCCCAGCCUGAACACGAUCAGGGGAAAAUCAAUUCUGCAAGCCACCGAAAGGAGUAUGCGAAAUUGGAGAAACGCAGGCUUCUUCGUGAGUGGGUGACCUCGGGCCAGAAUCUGCAGGCCUGCGAAUCCUCCAUCGAGGUGUCCCACGAAGCGGGAGCACAGCUUGCAUUGGAUGCUGAACAUCAGAUAGUCUUGCAUGCGACUAUAGGUUUGCAUAUGCUGACAUACUUCAGGAUCAAGCAGAACAUGAAAGUGAACUGUCGUCCGGGGGGAAACUUUUUCGAUGGCCCCAUUCCCGGAGCAGAUCCCGGCCUCCUCCACAAGAAGCCGGCUGUGACGCAGCAAGCACCGCUGAAAGCUGAUGUCCUCAGGGAGUUUGAUCAGCGCAAGGAGGAGUUGAGUGCACUUGCGGCAAGGUGGUGGUCGCAACAGCAGAUCUACGAGACCACCGCCGUCGCGAGCUUCCUCACGACGCCCGGGCUCGGUUGCAGGUUCUACGGCUACCACUGCAAGGAGAUCAAGAAGAACGUGAACGGCAUCACUGAUCUGAUCUUCGAUAUGGGUGAUGCCUCGGAUGAUGACUCCCAGAGGUUGCUUAAAGACCUGAAGAGCCACAAGAAGAAGCUGGAACAGCUUGCGAAGAAGUUCCACAGUAUCGACCCAGAGUCCGAUACCGCCGCCAUGGAUCAGCAGUGCGACGCUAUCCACGACGAAGUUCAAAGCCUGUCUUUGUGCAAAGGGCAAAUCAAAGGGGGCUACCGGGGCUUCAGUUAUGACGCCGUGCACCAAAAGGGUGCCAAGAAGGCUGCCGGGCCGCCGAAGGUGGCCGACGUCCUCGAUCAGCUUGUUCGAGCUACAUGUGCUGGCGACACGUCUUUGACUGUGGCCUGUGAUCUGGGAGAUGCCUAUGGGUCUCGGCUACUGGAUGGUUACAGCAGCAGGCCUCUUCGGGAGGCCGAGUUUCAUUCGCGAUUAUCUGGAAGCGGGUUGUCUUUUGACUGUGAGCCCACGUGGAUUAAUGCCCCAGCAAUGAACAACGAUCUGGAGCAAGAGACCAUCGAGGCAUUCCCCAUUCUUCUUCCUUCCAACCUCGCACGAUGUCUUCUGCAAGAGGGAUUCUUGAGCACAAUGGUCCCAGGCAGAGCUGCCCUGGAGGAGUAUUGGGAGAAAACACUGUUAGAGCUGAGUAUUCCUUUAUUGGAUGGCCGCCCUGAUUUGUACCAUCGGGCCAUUCCUGUACUGAUUUGGGGCGAUGAAGCGACACCAGACCUCUCCGAAUGCCGCACAGACUCCAAAGCCUCCCGCUACAUUAUGUAUUCCUUAUUGGUGCAGAACUACCUCAUUCGGGCCAAGACGAAUGUAACACUUCAAACCCUGAAUGCUGCUAUUGUGGACGACUUCAACAAGCUGAGCCAAGAAGGUCUUCAGAUGGGUGACGAGGUAUACUACUUCAUUCCUGUGGGAUUUAGAGGCGACUUGAAGCAAAUGGGCCAAGCCUUCAACCUCACCCGCAAGCCGGGAUCCGAGAAGGUUUGCUUCUAUUGCGAGGCCAGUAUGGGGCGCAAAUCUUUCAAUACUGUAUACACUGAUGUUUCAGAAGCAGCUGGGUGGCGGAGCACAAUGCAUCAUGAUGGCAACUGUGGGCUACCGUGGACCGACGAGCCUUCUUUCCCAUAG